AUGUUGCCAACUCAUCAUCAGGAGCCAAGGAAGCGUGGUAAAGGAAAACGUCCAGCAGUUGAUUCUUCUCCAACACCAAAGGCGAAGGCCAAGUCCAACCCAGCACAGAAGGAGGAGGCGAAAGAUAAGGCCAAUGUUGAAAACACCACUUUGGAGGAGGAUAUUGAGCAACUGAUGGAUGCUAUUCAUGAACCAGAAUCGGCAGCAGCACCAAUGUCUUCCACUAGUAAGGCUAGUGUGACGCGCACCAUAGUGCCCAAAGGUUAUGAUCAGCCGGUCAAACAGACCAUGACUGAUAUCUUUGCCAAAACCAGGCAGACAUCACAUGAUCAAAAGCAGACUGAUGAACCAAAGGCAACAGUUCCAGUUCCAGUACAAGAGACAUUCGAACCAGCAGUUGUCCCCACCAUCCCAAGCGACGACACCAACACACAGGCUCAGACCAAUGAAACCAUGAUGACAGAGGAAAAGGAACAGGUAAAGGCAAAGGUGACCAGUGGUGAGAGUCAUGUGACAGAGGAAAAGAAAAAGAACGAGGAACAUGAAAGUGAAAACAAGGAAAAGGAAACCCAUGGUGAUACCGUAGAUACCAUUGCCAUGGCUGAGACCCAAAUUGACCAGAACAUAGAGCCUCUUGGGAACCCUGAGACUCUCAUGCCUCCGCCUAUUCCGAAGUCAUUAGCAAAUGCCAUAGAGAUUGUCAAGAACCACAACCUCUUCAAUGAAUUUAUGGAGUUUAUGAGAGAUGCCAACGAUGUGGACAUCGACAAUUGGACAUUUGGUGAACCAGCAGGUGAUCCAUUGGAAGAUCUACGCAUGUUCAACCAAUAUGCGAUUGAACACUGGGAAAGGCCAAUUCCUUUCGAAUAUGAGGGACACGAUGAGGGGUUAGCGUUUUUCCCGAAGUCUACGGAUCAGGAGACAGCAGAUGCACUUCUUGUUGCAGCUCGUCAGCAUUCAGGUUUCCAGACCUACUCAGAGACAGUGAUCAAGGACACCUACACGUUUGGAACUCCGGCUAAAGAUGCUCUUCUCCACAUCAAUUUGUUCAACAAGUACCUGCAGGAAUGUAGCCUGAUGCCAGUGAACUUGCCGACAUCUACUGCGCAGCAAGCCUAUUCGACAGAAGGUUUGUUUGGCAAUGAUGAUGACAUGGGCGUCAACACAAAGACUGAAGAGAUCCAGAUCAUGUUGAAGCAGCUCAUCGCAACCGGAACAGUCAAUGUGGAAAGCAAAAUUCGAUCAUUGCCCAGAACAUUUAACCUCGGUGACUUCUACAGCGGUGCUGGCACUUUCUUCUUGGUUGUGGAAGCAGUGGUCAAAGCGUUUCAGGUCGUUGCCCCGAUGGGCAGUGUUGCAUCUUUGCAGAUGCAACAAAGGUGUUUGGUGAUGAUCGUGAAUGCAUCAGGCACCAAGCCUGCUGUGAGCCUUGGAUUGUUUGGUGAAGUUUUCUUGUUGCCAAUGCUUCAUCCAGACUUUGCGAGCCUGAGAAGGGCACUUUACAACGAUGAUGAGGAGGCGUCUUCGGUCUCGACGUUCAAGCCUUGUGUGGCAGCCUUGAGACAUUGUCAGCCUGACUUCUACAUUUUAGAAAACGUUGAGCUCGGUGACGGAGAGGAUCCCGAGUCAAAUCCCAGGCUGAUUGCUGAAGCCCUUGAGGAUGCGGGUUAUUCAACCAGACUAUUCCGUAUCAUGGCAUCAGACUUUGGCGUCCCUCAACGGCGUCUCAGAGUAUAUAUCGCUGGCUUUUCGAAGGCCAAACAGCCCCAAGCAUCUCUUGUGAGAGUCGAACAUGCAGUGAAUGCCAUGCGGCUGCAGUGCCAACGACCAGACUCUUGGAUGUUAUUUAAUGGCAGUUGUUCCCUAAAUAAUUUGGCAAGUCUUGGCCUAGUAAUAGUAUGUUACAUUACAUGUUAA